GCCGAAGCAUGCGGGACGGACAAUCAGCCUGUUCCAGAAAAUCAAAUCGAUGACCUAAAUUCAUGAGUCAAACAACCACAUGAAUUGCACUUUACACCAUUUGAGUUCGGGGACGACGUAUUAUUGUGCUCUUCAGAAUAUUCGGAUUCAUCUUCAGGCGGUGUCACCGUGACAUGCUCUAGAAACCCACCAGGGCCAUUCCUUAACAGUCGUCUCGGGCUGAUUUCGCCUCGGUCGUCAUGACAGGCCCUGUCAGGAGAAAGGUGGCUAUAAUCGGGGCCGGAGUUGGCGGCCUUCUCUCCAUCAAGUCAUGUCUCGAGGAAGGUCUGGAGCCCGUCUGCUUCGAGCAGCUGGACAAGAUAGGUGGCGUUUGGAACUUCACAGAAAAGUACUUUCCCGGGCAGGGUGGCUGCGUCUAUGAGAGUCUGCGGACCAACGUCAGCAAGGAAAUCAUGUGCAUCAGUGACUUCCCCAUGUCAGCGGAGACGAACGCCUUCCCCACGCACAGAGAGGUAUUUCAAUAUCUCGAGGAUUAUGCAAGACAUUUCGAUCUCAUCAAGCACAUUCAGUUUUGUACAACAGUUAUAUCUGUGAAAAAGUCAAAUGACUAUCAAGUGACCGGAAACUGGGAUGUGACGUACCUCCAUCGACAGCCGGAUGCCCGAUUGUUGGAAGAGUUCGAGGCGUCAGCUGCAGAUUUGAGGGUAGAAACUUUCAACGCGGUUAUGGCUUGCAAUGGACGGCACGCUUUGCCGAAUCAACCCCAUGUGAGCGGGGAAGAUACUUUCAAGGGCGUAUUUCUUCAUUCAAUCAAAUACAGGAGUGCGAACACGACCGAGUUUCGGGACCAACGGGUGCUGGUGGUUGGAAACGCCCAUUCGGCCGGUGAUGUCGCGAUGGCCAGUAGUAACUACGCUUCAAAGACGACCAUCAGCAUUGGUAAAGGUACAUGGAUCAUCACAAAAUAUCAACCCAAUGGUCUGCCAUUUGACCUCGCUCUCCGACGAGUGUUUCUCUGGCUCCCAGAGGCAUUGGUGGGCUUCAUCAUGAAAAAGCAAGCCAACUCUUCCAUUGACCAUGCCAAGUACAACAUCGCCCCACCUGGAGGACCUCUACACUCAACGAUCAUGGUCAACGAUAACAUUGCCUCCGCAAUCAAAGAUGGCCGCAUUCUAGUCAAGCCCACACUGAUAGGUUUCCAUGGCAAUGUCGCCAUGUUUAAUGAUGGCACCGAAGAAGACGUUGAUACGGUUGUUAUGGCAACUGGUUUUCAAUAUGAUUACAGCUUUUUGGAUAUUGAGGCAGACGAAGACGGGAUGCAAAGUAUUUUGUAUCGGCAAGUGUGGCCAGGGACCCUUCCUCAUGCUAGUGCGGCCUUGAUAGGCUGUUUGUCAACGAGGGGCGCUGCCAUACCCAGCAUUGAGCUACAAGCCCGCUGGGCAGCCAGGGUGUUCGCUGGGCACGCCAGGCUACCUGAUGGUGAGACCAUGUUGAAAGAAGCAAGGGACAGGACGAGCUUCAUGAGAGCAUGGUUCGGCAGGGACAGGCUUAUUCCGGCUCCAAAUGGCAUUAUCUACCAGGACAAGCUCGCGGAGGAAAUUGGUGCAAAGCCGUCGUUCUUCAAACUGCUCUUCAAGAUGCCAUAUCUUGCAUUUCUGUGUUACUUUGGGCCAGCAUUUGCUGUCCAAUACCGUCUGAUAGGGCCGCACCCAUGGCACGGGGCGCCGGCCGCCACCAAGGCAGCCAAUGCCAACACAGUCAAGGGAUGUCCGCAAUAUCUGGAGUCCAAGGGAGAACGCACGGUAACCUGGAAGACGAUAGCUGCUUUUGGAUUGGGUGGCAUAGCUGCCUGGCUGGCAUUUGUCGUAUGGUUGUCCUGAGUAUUACUCAUAGUUCUAAGUAGUCAGAGUCAGAAGUCAGAAAUGUUUUUAAAAGAGUUUGAAGAAAAGAAAUUUUCAAGUGAACUGCCUUACGGAUGCUCCAACACCUAUUAGAUAGGGUUCAUCAAAAAGAUAAAUAAUAUUUAUUAAAAAUAUACAUGUAUGACAGAUGGUGGUAAGAAAUAAAGCAGUACUUAUAAAAACAUGGUAGCCAAGUAGCAAGGCUUGAUGUACUCCAAUGGUUGUCAAAGCCAUCAGUAUGAAGAGGGGAAUAAGACCGCCUCCAGACUGUGCAGAGGCAAGGCACAAUCGAUGGCUUAGUUUGAUGGUGGUGCUGGCACAGGUUUCUUCCAAAGGCAGCUGCAGCGAGCUUUGUUUCAUCUUUUUAUCUAUUCACUGAAGACCUCAAGUGACUACUUUCAGCAGUAGGGCCACAUC